GGCGUGUAACGUUGAGAAGGAAUGACAACAGGAACCACAGAAACCACGUGGUCUUUGUGUUCACGGAGAGAAAGGGCAUGCUCACAGUGUUUACUUAGCAAAAUGUGUGCUGGAUGUCUUCCUCAAAUUAUGAUAAUGAUUUGAAGAUGGAAUCCACUGAGGAAGGAAGGCCUGGGUCUUCAGCACCUGUAUGUGAGCACAGAAGUGGCACUGUGAAAGCCUUUAUAACAUCUGCUGCAGACCCACUAAAAAUCAAGUGGGCUUGUAUUUGGACAUUCUCAGUAGGAAUGGUUAAAGGCUGAUGGGAUCAUAAAGAGCUAAUGCUAAGUAGUCAAUAGAUUCUGUAGUUCAGCUUCAUUCCAAGAUAGACGCUGGAUUCAUCUGAUACCAGAGAAACUUCUUUCCCAACCUUGGAACUCUUGGCUGCUGUAAGUCCUGGAUAUACAAUAGAUGUUGACAACAUUUUUCUUUUAUGUAUGAAGGUAGACGAUUCUUCAAAUUGAAGAUGGAAGCUGACUUUUCUCACCAGAAAAGGUUUUUAGAAUCAACUUGUGAAAAUGAGCACCCUAGAAACAAGCCAGUGAAGGGUUUGUCUACGCCAUGAGAACAAGAUACAUGCCAUGAAGAAAGAGCAGGUGACUGCGCGUGCGCCCCGUGCGCCCUCUGACGUAGCGGCGACACGCGCCGCAAAUCCUUUCGCCUGGUGGAGUUACAGAGGCAACGGCGUUUUCCCGCGCUUUUUCUCGGGCACCUCAGGUUAGGUACGUAAUUAAUAUUACUGUUAUUUUCUCUGUGGAGCGCAAAAAGCAGGCCAAGAAUUUCUGAGUGAAGUUUCUGUGAGUCUAACUCUCAAAAACUUGGCCCUCAGCUCGCUAAAUUGGCUUUCCCCCAAUUCGUGGAAAAUUUGGAAUUAUCUGCGCCUCUCGCACUGCCUGAGAAGGGUCUCAGCUUCCAAACUGUCCCCAGGUCUUCUGCUUCCUCUACUCCCAUUAUGCUGCUGAAGGUAAAAAUUGACCGCAUGACCAGCUGCAGGUGCCGUAUAUCUGUGGGGAGAAUCACUCAGCGGUGACAUUUGCGGUAAAGGUGUCAGAGCGUCCUUGUCAAUCCCUACGAUCAAGGCCACGUUCUUGACAGAUUUUGUGUGUCGAUAAACGUGAACAUUUUUUCUUGGUGUUUAAUUGGUGUGUCACUACUAUAUUUUACAAUGUAUGACUUAUUUUGGUAUAUCCCUAAGAUUGCUGUCCGGUUUGGAUUAGUAAAAUUCCGAUGAGAGUGGACACCAUAUUGAAAAGUAACUUAAGAGUAUUUAGUUUUAAAAAUGUUUUAAAUAGAAGCAUAGCAUUGAAUACUAUUUAUAUUAAUAGGUGAAUUGUUGAUAUGAUGAUUAAAAAAUCUGCUUUUAUAUAGAUUGUCAGGCUUCAUAAUGGUCAAUUAUUUGGAUGAAUUAGAUUAGUUUUCAUUUAAUACUAUCAGGUUACUACUCUUUCAAUCAACACAGGUAAAGAAUCUGAGAAAUGAGCAUAUAUGAAAAAUUUUAAAAUACUUUGCACUAAAGAAUGGCUAAAUUAAUGUCUGGACUUGUAUAUAUGCCAAGUGAGAGAAGUAAUACUAAAAUAUUCUAGCAAACAAUGAAUGGGUAAUUUGGGUUUUUUGUUUAGGCAUUGAGGAAUGGCAAAAAGCACUAAUUUGAUGUUUAUUUUUUUGUACUUUGUAAAUGUUACUAAACUUUUUGUCCCAUGUACGUAUUAUUUUUGAUUUUAGUGAGAUUUGGAACCACCUAUGUCUUUAACUAUUUCCAUAAAAAAAUUUUCAAUGCCUUUGUAGUGAUUUGCAUGAAGGAGCACAAUUAAUAUUGAUUAUAACAAAUAUAAAACAAUGAAAUGUACAUUAUUUUACCAUAAAAUGAAAACAUGCUUUAUUUAUUUAGUUAUUUCAUUUUCACUGCAAUUUGACUUAUUUGACCUUUUCAUUUACUCCUUAGGAUCCUUUUCAGCAUCUAAUAAAGACAUCACUUUCUGUUAUGUCUUUGUGUGAAGACAUGCUGCUUUGUAAUUAUCGCAAGUGUCGAAUGAAACUCUCUGGUUAUGCAUGGGUCACUGCCUGCUCUCACAUUUUCUGUGAUCAACAUGGUAGUGGUGAGUUUAGUCGUUCACCAGCUAUCUGCCCUGCCUGCAACAGUACCCUUUCUGGCAAGCUAGAUAUUGUCCGAACAGAACUCAAUCCAUCAGAGGAAUAUAAAGCCAUGGUACUGGCAGGACUUCGACCAGAGAUUGUGUUGGACAUUAGCUCCCGAGCACUGGCCUUCUGGACAUACCAGGUACAUCAGGAGCGUCUCUAUCAAGAAUACAAAUUCAGCAAGGCUGAGGGCCAUAUGAAGCAGAUGGAGAAGAUAUAUACUCAGCAAAUACAGAGCAAGGAUGUAGAAUUGACCUCUAUGAAAGGGGAGGUCACUUCCAUGAAGAAAGUGCUAGAAGAAUACAAGAAAAAGUUCAGCGACAUCUCUGAGAAACUUAUGGAACGAAAUCGUCAGUAUCAAAAGCUUCAAGGCCUCUAUGAUAGCCUUAGGCUACGAAACAUCACUAUUGCUAACCAAGAAGGUACCCUUGAGCCAUCCAUGGUAUCACAGUCUGGUAUUUUUGGCUUCCCCGUAGGGAACAACUCCAAGUUUCCUUUGGACAGUACACCAGUUCGAAAUCGAGGUGGUGCAGAUGGAGAUUUUCAGUUCAGACCAUUUUUUGUGGGUUCUCCCACAGCACCCGAACCCAGCAAUAGCUUUUUCAGUUUUGCCUCCCCAAGUCAUGAAUUAGAGCAACAGCAAGUCUCUAGCAGGGCCUUUAAAGUAAAAAGAAUUUAGCUCACAUUACAGAAUGUUUCUGUUUACUUUAAGUGAUGUCAUUUAGUGAAUAAUCUUUAUUCUAGAUAGGAGUCACCGACCUCCUUGUGCUGUUGGUGACUUCCUUCCUGUGCUAUUAAAUCUUCAAAGUUGUCUUCACGUUUUCAAUUUACGAGAAACUCAGUGGCAGUGAGGAGUGGCUUUAGAGUCUGGUUUCUUUUCCUGUUUCCAUUACAGAAAGCAUGAGCAUGAGCAUUUUAUUAAACUCAAUUUCAUUGUGAACUGUUGAGUUUUCACCAUUAGUAAAAAGGUUACAAUAUUAUUGGGUGUUUUGUUGAUCAACGGUUGUUUCUGUCUAGGCUAUUUGAGCUAUGUGUUUUUGCAUCUGUAUAAAAGCACCAAAGCACUUAUGUUAUAUGUCUACAUGUCACUUUGGGUUUUGGUAUUUAUGCAUAUAUGUAUACAUAUGUUCCUUUAUGUUGAUAUUUUGCUGUAUUUGCUGGUAUAUUUAUGUGAAGAUUUUGGUUCAGGAAAUGGUGGGUUUGUCUAUAGUUUGUCGUUUGGGUGUGUACAUUUAUUUCUAUAUAUUUACGUACUUCC